AUGAAUUCUGCUGACUUUAAUACGAUCUUUGAAUCCCCGUUAUCAAGCGAGGCCUGCAUAAUAUGCGCAAAUCUGCGGAGGAUAUUCAUAGAUAGAAAGUUCUAUGUUAAUCAAGGAUCAUUCAAUAAAGUGCUUGAAACUCCAUGUUUAGGCCAUGAUUCCUUAUUACGCUUAAUCCGAAAUGAUUUUGAUAAGCGAAAUCCGAACCACUUUGCGAAGGGUGAUAACAAGACGAACAAUGAGGACGCUGAGGGUGCUCAUGGUGAAAAUGAUGAGAAAGCCGAGAAAGGUGGGGAAGAUGGGAAAAACCCCAGUAAUCAUAGUGCAGAUGGCUUCUACGGGCUUACACUGCUGGAGCCGCUGCUGGCGAGACACCGUAACAAGCCCAAGACACCUGGCUAUGGACGAGUUCUCGACCCAGACUGGGUUGAUUUAGAAUUGGCUAAGCGAUGGAAAAGGGACUGUUUUAUCCAACACGGCGAGAAGUGCUUUAAUCCGCUUAGGAUCCGCUCUGUAUCGCCCGCCUGGCUCAUCGACGUCGUUGAGAAUUGCCUUGUCCCCGGUGCAGAGAUCCCUAAAUAUGUGGCGCUGAGUUACAGAUGGGGUGUCGUGGCUGUUUUUCGCACGAACCGCUACUUGCUGAAGACUCUUCAAGAGCCAGGAGCACUAUCGCAAAGCCGGCUCGGCGCCUACAUGGCAAUUCUUAGGCAUACAAUAGGGCUGACCCAAGCUAUCGACGAGCGUUAUCUCUGGGUAGACGCAAUAUGCAUAGCCCAGGACGAUGAAGCGCAUUGUGCAAAAGAAGGUGCCAUCUACGCCUCGGCGAAGCUGACAAUUGUGGUCUCCGAUGGGGACGCCAUGGACGGGAUUUUAGGCCUCAAGGGAAUAUCGCCACCACGAGAAUUCAACCAGAACGUUACUCCCGUAUUUCAAAACGAGAAGCGUGGCUGGACCUAUCAGGAGUUUUAUCUCUCGAAAAGACGCCUUACGUUUGCGAAUAGCCAGUUGCGUUGGCAUUGCACUUGUGCCGAUUGGCAUGAGGAUCUCAUACAGUCUGAAGACACACCGACCGAUCAGGAGUUUCUGGAUCGCAACCUUUCUAGCGUGCUAACAGGACAGCCGGACUUUUCGGCUCUGAAUAUAAUUCUUAGUGAAUACAAUCAACGCGAGCUCUCAUUCCCGGAGGAUGCACUACCGGGUAUAAGUGGUCUUCUCGCCAUUCUUAGCCGCUCGUAUGAGGGUGGAUUUCUAUUCGCUUUGCCGGAGACGUGCUUCGAUUCUGCCUUGAUGUGGCACACGCCCUUCUACGGGUCCAUGGAAGAACGGAAGGAUUCUGGCAGGACAAACUUACUCGCCUUAACGUCCCGGAUCCCUUCGUGGUCGUGGAUCAGUUGGAAGUGCUUCGGGUUGCACGUCUUGGAUGAGGAAUCAUUCCAAUCCUCUCUCAAGGAUCCCCGGACCAGUCCCAUUACUCAAUGCCCGUCGCAGACGCCGUGUAUAUCGUGCGUGAUCAAGCGCGGGUGGUUCUCCGCCGCACAGUUCCCGAGUAGCUAUUUCUCAGACCACGAACGUGGAUGGAACGCUCACAUAUUUAUUGUUGGCUUGUUGGAUGGCAAUGGAAAAUAUUGCGGGCAACUAUAUCUCCAGAGAGCAGACGAUAUCUCGCACUUCCCAGACGCCGACUCUGGCCGCAUCUUAGAAGUCGAGCUCGUUGCCAUUUGCCCCAGGAGAGAUAUGGCCUCCAAAGCUAGGUGGAGACCAAAGGUUGUGGAGGAAGGGGACGUAGAAAAGCCAACUUACGCAGAAGUCUAUGGUGUUCUUUGGGUGGAAUGGAAUAACGUUGCGUACCGGAAGGCUUUGGGUGUUGUUGGCAAGGAUGCGUGGGAGGGCCAUAGUUUGGAAGAUGCUCAAUUGGUUAUGGGCUAG